GGAAGUCGCCGGCGGAGGCCGCGAGGCGGAGGUAGUGGCGUCGUUUUGAGGCGGCGGCGGCGGUAGCGCCAUGAUGGUGGACUACAGCGUCUGGGACCACAUCGAGGUGUCCGACGAUGAGGACGACACCCACCCCAACAUCGACACGCCCAGCCUCUUCCGGUGGCGCCACCAGGCCCGGGUUGAGCGGAUGGAGCAGUUCCAGAAGGAGAAGGAGGAAGCGGACAAGGCCUGCCGGGACUGCAAGCGGAAGCUAGCCGAGUGCCAGAGGAAGAUGAAAGACCUGGAGCUGUCCGGCGCGGAAGGUUCCAAGGGCGAGCUGCAGAGGUUACAGGCCGAGGCCCAGCAGCUCAAGAAAGAAGAGAAGAGCUGGGAGGAGAAGGUGGAUGAGCUGCGGAAGAAGGAGAAGAACAUGCCCUGGAACGUGGACACGCUCAGCAAAGACGGCUUCAGUAAGAGCGUCUUCAACGUCAAGCCGGAGAAGCCGGAAGAAGAGUCAGAAGAGCAAAAAGAGAAGAAGCAUAAAACGUUUGUGGAGAAGUACGAGAAGCAAAUCAAACACUUCGGGAUGCUGCGCCGCUGGGACGACAGCCAGAAGUAUCUGUCUGACAACCCGCAUCUUGUGUGCGAGGAGACAGCCAACUACUUGGUCAUCUGGUGUAUCGAUCUGGAGGUGGAAGAGAAACACGCCCUGAUGGAGCAGGUGGCCCACCAGACCAUCGUGAUGCAGUUCAUACUGGAGCUGGCAAAGAGCCUCAAGGUUGACCCCCGAGCCUGCUUCCGGCAAUUUUUCACAAAGAUCAAGACCGCUGACCAGCAGUACAUGGAGGGCUUCACCGAGGAGCUGGAGGCCUUCAAAGAGCGGGUGCGGGGCCGCGCCCAGGCCCGCAUCGAGAAGGCCCUCAAAGAAUACGAGGAGGAGGAGCAGCAGAAGCGGCUGGGGCCCGGCGGCUUGGACCCCGUGGAAGUGUAUGAGUCACUGCCCUCUGAACUCCAGAAGUGCUUUGACGUGAAAGACGUGCAGAUGCUGCAGGACACAAUUAGCAAAAUGGAUCCUUCUGAAGCGAAACGCCACAUGCAGCGCUGCAUCGACUCCGGCCUCUGGGUGCCAAACGCCCGCACGGCAGAAGGCGCCGAGAAAGGGGAGAAGGAGGAGGGGGCCUAUGAGGAAGUGAAGAGGGAGAGCAGCGAGGAGGACAAAGGAAACCCGUGAGCGAGCGGCCGGCGGUCCAUAAAGCAGUUGGCCCCCCGCGCCUCUUGCCGACCUCGUUUUUCUUUUCUCUCUUCUUUCGUUCCAAACCGUUGGGCGAUCACGUGCUUUGCCAGUGUAGACACUUCAUGAAUUGUGUGAGCCGCUUUCCUGACUGGCCCUCUCGCUCACCACGAUGCAGCUCCCCCACCGCCUCGAGCCCUCCUCCGUUGCCGGGACAGCCACGGAAGUCCUGUUUUUCAUCUGGGGGGGGGGUUCAUGUGGCACGGUGAGGGUUCCCCGGGGGGGGGCUCGGCACGGCACCUCUGCCUUCUCCGUCACGCCGUGGAGAUGCCGGUCAUUUGUCAUAGUUACCAACGCGCUGUUAAUAUCUUUUUGUUUGAUGAUCGUCUCAAGCUGUCGAGCAAAUAAAAAGAUUGAAAUAGCUGAA